CAUCAUUAUCAAGAAGAAUUUCUCCCACAACCAGAAGGGCCAUUGGAGCUGGAGUUACCCAUGGCAGCCUUCACGGGCCAUUCUGCAGAGCCAUGCUACACUCCACAACCGAUCCAAAUUAUGAGUUGAGGCUUCUCAUGGAGCAGUUUGCUCGAGACAGUGAGAGAUCAUUGUUGAGGAUGGAUCUUUGUACCCAGGCCUAUCGUGAAACAGAAGAGAUCCUCCUGAGCCUUAAGAAGAGCGUCGAUGAUCUUGAGCGAUCUUGUGUACAACCUGCUCCAGAUCACCCUUCUUCUACCAUACUAGAAGAGGAGGAGGAAGAAGAAGCCUACAAGGACAUUGUGGAGCACACUGAAGUUGUCACGGAGAGCUCCCGUGAUGAUCAUGAUCAGGAAUGUCCUGUCGUAGCCGACCACACCUUCUUACAUCCCAAACUGAGCUUUGAAGAGGCGGGCAUGAGUGAGGAGAUGCAAGAAGAUCUCAUGAAAGAAAUUUCUUGGCAACUUGCUCUCCAAUCCGUUCUAGAAGAAGAAGAGGGAGAAAAGGUGCAGAAAGAAGUUGUGGAGGAUGACGAAAGUGAAGAAGAAGGAGUUCUUGAUCAUUUACCAGGGGUGAUACCACAUGAAGAAGAAAGGGCGGUUGAAGAAGCAAUUGGCGUCCAGGCCGGGGACAAAGUUGAGGUGGAAGAGACUUGCACCGGCCAUGAGUUACAUGUGAUAUCUCCACCAAACUUUGAGGAACUGCUUAGCAAGGACCCAUUUGCAGUGUCUCUUUGCCAGACCAAGGCCACGUCGACAUCGGUCCCUCUUGGUGGACGCGAUGGUGGUCAAUCGAUGUUGUCAUAUCUGGUUUGGGGCAAUGAGACGAGAGAAGAGAAGAAGAGGUCUCGAGGGUGGAGACGUUAUAUGCAUCAAGUGCACGAGCUUCCAUCACCUGUCAUACCACAUGUUUGUGACUUGAGACUCCACCUCAUCGACGAGAACCUCAACUUCAAGGAGGUUCUGGGGUGGACCGAAACUAAGGAGCCAUCGUCCGGCUCACGACGUGAAAGAAGCGCUUGUUGGGAGGCAACCCAACCAGUCGGUUUGCAUUUCUUUCUCUAUUUCCCCUCGGUUGAGUCAGUUUUGUUCUUUGAUUUUAGAGUCAAUAACUCAAACUUUGUGAGAUUUUGUGUGGUGUUUGUGUUCCGACAACUCUCUCCUCCUGGAAUGCACCGCCUGCCCGUCCACCAUCAUUCACCCUUGAUCUGGUAACUUCGUUCUACCCUCCUUAUCUUUCAUCCAUCGAGGACAAUGUCGUGCUUAAGUGUGGGGGGAUAUUCGAUUAUGAUGUUCGAUUAUGUAUGCGGGUGAAUGUUUGGCUGUUUGUGUGCUUGGAGCCUAGUCCACUAUCCAAAUUUUUAAAUUUGAGGGGCUCCAAGUACGUGUUUCCUUGCAAAUUGCCUGUUCAGUAUGCUUUGAAUUGACAGUCUCUAUAGUAAGGUGCAACCUAGGGAGGUAGUGUAGCACUAUGGAGGAUGUUGAAGUAUAAGAUUUUUCCUAUCUAGCUCUCUGUUGUGCCAGUUGAUUUUGUGAAUUACUGGAGUUAAGACCGUUGAAUUCAUGUGGUAAUGGUGACUCUAUUUGGAUUGUGUUAUGGACUCGUGUAUCUAACAUGAUGCUCAUGUGAAAAAUGAAAAGUAGUUGGUCCU